UUAAAACAUAGUUUUCCAUAAAAAAAAUUGCAUUUAAAAGUGUAAUGAUUGUUUAGUUUCCAGAGUUGCACUUGGAUGUUGUUAAAAAGCAAUAAUAAUUUUUACUACUUUAAGAGUGCUUGGACAGUGCUUGGUCAAAACAAUGUUUCUGUUUAUUUUUUUCCUUUUUUUUUUUUACUAAAGUAAUUUAUAUAGCAAUGGAUGACAACGAUUCUAUGCCCGAUAAUGCGCUGUGGCCAUUUCAGGGAGGACGGCGACCAAGUGCCGCCCAAAGACUUCACAAUCUGACUUUAGGAGCAGGAUCAAAUUCUGCUUCCGGAUUGCCCCUGCCACCGAACAUCUUCACAAACCCAUCCAUCCAGCCCUCCAGUGUGAUAAACCUCAAUCAUUCCAGGGACGUUGUGAUCGGUCCCAGGUAUCAUGGACCCGUGUCCAUAUACUAUAUGGAUUAUACGGAGGCACACGCCAUGCAAACAGCAUCAGGAAUCAACAGUCACAAUGCAAAUGGAAAUGGCAACGCCAACCGAGGCCGCGAUAAAACGCCAUCGCAGAGACUCACCCGGAAUACCAUUCUCCUGAUCACGCUGAUCCUUUUGGUCCUGGCCACCGGAUUGGUGGUGCUCUACGUGGAACUCAAUCGACCCCGAGCGGAGUUGCCCAGUAACAAGGCCAUCUACUUUGGCAACAACUACGACCACGAUACGUUUUCGAAUCUAGGAAAAGGCCACCUGGUCAUCGGCAGGGAUCAAUGGGGAGCAACCAACACCACUUCCGCCCUGAUCAUUCCCCUUAGGAGACCGAUCCCUUAUGUCCUGAUCACCCACAUUGGAGAACAGGCGCUGCCCUGCGAGAACGUCUACCAGUGCCUCAUCAGGAUGCAAACCACCCAGGAUUCCGAUAUUGCCCAGAAGGGAUUGCCGGACUUACAGUCCAAUUUUUAUAUUUCGAAGGAGGGCAACAUCUACGAGGGCCGCGGCUGGGACUGGGCCAACACGUAUGCGAACCAGACGUUGGCCGUUACCUUUAUGGGCGACUACACCCGCUUUAAGCCGUCUGCCAAACAAAUGGAAGGUGCCCAAUUUCUGCUAGCCGAUGCAGUGGCCAACCGAAGUCUGGAGGUCGACUACAAACUGGUGGCCCAAAAUCAAACAAAGACGACGAAAAGCCCGGGGGCUUAUGUCUAUCAAGAAAUCCGGAACUGGCCGCACUUCUACGGCUGCGGAAUGGACGGGGCACCGGCUUGUGGCAUCGAACUGGGCAUGAAACCGGAAUCGUGGGAUGCCAAGCAAUAGCUACAGACUUUUUACCAACUAAGUGUAUCCGAGCACAAAUUAUAUUUAAUACGUAUACUAAGGCGAGGCGGGCUUUCUUUUAAUCGGUUAUGCUGGCUCGAAAACACCGCAAACCGGUUGGGAGCGGGCGGGUUAUUUUUAAAAAAAUAAACAGAUACUCGUAUCGCCCUCUCUCUGGAGCUCUGUUUGUAUAAACUGUCGCUCAAAAAGCUGGAAAUUCCCAAGCCGCAGUCAACCUAUCAGUACCAGUACCCCAUUCUCCCACAGACAGGCUUUAACACUCAUGGAUUGUGUGUGUAUUAUAUAUGGACAGCCUUUGUGCGCCAGUACAACAUCAUUAUCGGUAGCUUCACUUCACUUGUAUUGAUGGUGUUGUGAUCGCUCUGGCUGCCUUUGUCACUUAUCUGGUUUUCAAGUUAAUUAAUACACAAUAAUAAUGAUAAUAAUGAGGUUGUAAAACGUUGGGAAUGAGCACUUUCCAACUCACAGGAUGGCUAGAUAAGUCUGAAAUAAAUUGUAAAUAAAAAUAUUGGA